AAAAGAAACGAGAGGAGUGUGUGUGUGUGUGUGUGCGGUGACCAUGGAGAAAGCGGAGUGUUCCAACUGGGAUAUGGGACUGCUCAGGGCCUUCGACUCCGGGCAGUUUGCCGGCUGGGAGAAGGUGGGCUCGGGAGGUUUCGGGCAGGUCUACAAAGUCCGGCAUCUCAACUGGAAAACGUGGCUGGCUAUCAAGUGCCCUCCCAGCCCGCACGUCGACGAAAAGGAGCUCUCGGAGCUCGUCGAGGAAGCCAAGAAGAUGGAGAUGGCCAAGUUCCGCUACAUCCUGCCGGUGUACGGGAUCUGCAGGGAUCCGGUGGGGCUGGUCAUGGAGUACAUGGAGACGGGCUCGCUGGAGAAGCUGCUGGUGGCAGAGGUGUUGCCCUGGGAGCUGCGCUUCCGCAUCAUCCACGAGACAGCAGUGGGCAUGAACUUCCUGCACUGCAUGUCACCACCCCUACUGCACCUGGACCUGAAGCCGGCCAAUAUCCUGCUGGACGCACACCAUCACGUUAAGAUCUCAGACUUCGGGUUGGCGAGGUGGAACGGGCUGGCCAACACACAAGACAUCAGUAUGGACGGCUUCUGCGGCACAAUCGCUUACCUGCCUCCAGAGCGCUUAAGACAGAAGAGAAAUUCGGACAUCAAACAUGACGUGUACAGCUUCUCCAUGGUCAUUUGGGGGACACUAACACAGAAGAAACCCUACGCAGCUGAAACGAACAUCCUGCACAUUAUGGUGAAAGUGGUGAGUGGUCUUCGCCCGGAGUUGUCGAUCAUUCCUAAAUCCAGGCCUCCAGCUUGCAAGAAUCUGAUCAAAUUAAUGAUGAGGUGUUGGCAGGAGGAUCCCAGCAACCGCCCAACGUUCCAAGAUAUCACUUCGGAAACAGAAGAACUUAGCACCAAACCCCAAGAGAUGCCUCAAGAGAAGGCUGAGCAGGCAGAGGUUCUUUCUCCCAAUGAACCGCAGGUCCAGCCAGAGCAGCUGAAGGAGAAAUGUCAGUCGGACGUGGUCUCGGACAGUAAGCAGUACAGCCUCUCCCAGCUCCUGUCCCAGCUGGACUCGGGAAUUUCGCAGGAUUUUGAGUCGGCAGAGGACGAAUGCCCGGCGGCCGGGCCGAUGGCGGACAGCAAGAAGAGAUUGUCGGGAAUUUCGUCCAUCGAUUCGGCCUUCUCGUCACAAGGAUCCAUCUCGCUGUCUUUCGGGAAGGAAGCUUCAGUGAUUGAGCCCUCGGCCUCGGACGCCCACCGGAGGAAGCUGCGCGAGGCCCUGGCCUCGGGGGACGCGGGGCGGCUGAUGAAGCUGCUGCAGCCGCAGGACGUGGAGCUGGUGCUGGACGACGACGACGGCUCGAGGCCGCUGCACUGCGCCGUGCGCGGGGCCAACGAGGAGGCCGUGCGGCUGCUGCUGCUCUACAACGCCGACCCGAACGCGGCCGACCGGCGCGGGGCCACCCCGCUGCACCUGGCCUCGGGGGCCGGGCGGCGGGCCAUCGCCGAGCUGCUGCUGGGCAAGAAGGCCCAGGUCAACGCGGGCGACGAGGACCGCUGGACCCCGCUGCACCUGGCGGCCCGGAGCGGCGACGAGAGCCUGCUCCGGCUGCUGCUCGACCGCGAGGCCUCGCCGGGCCGGGCCGACUGCGAGGGCCGCACGGCCCUGCACCUGGCCUGCCAGCACAGCCGGGAGAGCGCGGUGCGGGUGCUGCUGAGCCGGGGGGCCAGCCCGCGGGCCCGGGGCCGGGACGACUGGACGCCGCUGCACUACGCGGCCUGGCAGGGCAACCAGGCCAUCACCAAGCUGCUGGUCAAGCAGGCCGGGGCCGGGGCCGGAGCCGGGGGCUGCCGCUCGGGCCAGCCGGCCGUGUCGGCCCUGACCGCCGACGGCCUGACCCCCUUGCACCUGGCCGCCCGCCGGGGCCAGUACCGGGCGGCUCGGGCCCUGCUGGAGGCGGGCAAGUCGGCGGCCGGCGUGAACGCGAGCUGCCGGCGGGCCCGGCGCUGCCCGCUGCACCUGGCGGCCGAGGCCGGCCACACCAGCACCUCGCGGCUGCUGAUCAAGCACGGGGCCCGGCUGGGCAGCCGGGAGGCCGAGGGCCGGACCGCCCUGCACCUGGCGGCGGCGGCCGGCCACGCGGCCACGGUCCGGAUGCUGGCCGAGGAAGGGGCCGAGCCGGAGGCCGUGACCCCCGCCGGCCGGACCGCCCUGCACCUGGCGGCCGAGGGGGGUCACAGCGAGGCGGCCAGGGAGCUGCUGCUGCUCCCGACCCCGGACCUCCCCGACCGGGACGGCCUGACCCCGCUUCACCUGGCAGCCGCCGGAGGCCACUUGCGGACCGUUCAGCUGCUGCUGAGGCACGGCGCCGACCCCGGGCACACACCGCUCGACCUGGCCCGUCAGACCGGGAACAGCCUGGUGGUGGAGGCCCUGCUCCGGCACCACGGGGAGAGGCUGGCGGUGGCCGGUGAGUCCUGACCGGGCCGGGCUUUGCA